AUCUACUCAUAAUAGCAUUGAGUAUGUAAUUGUGAUGAAGUAAAAUAACAUGAAAGUAAUAUGCCAAAUGACAUUUCUACUACAUAUUUCUGCUAGUGCUGUUGAUUCCUUUUGUGUACAGAUUUGAAUUAGGAAAUUUAAGUUUUCCUGUUGUGGUUUUUGGAAUUUGAAUGAGUUAUAUCUGUAACAUAUGAUAUUUGCAUAUCUGCCUGUAUUCUUUGGAUUGUGGCCUACCAUGAUUAAUCUGAAGAAAUGAGAAGAAAACACUGAUCUUCGAGCUUUCGACAUGAUGUUCUGGAACUUGGGCAUCACUCUUACACAUUGCCUUAUUUUUUUUUUACUUCUAUCAAUACAAACAUUAUUGGCCCUAAAACCAGGUAGUGCAAGAUUGAUGACAAUCCAUUGGAACUCUACAAACCCCAUAUUCAGAAUCGAUAAUACAGAUAAUAUAAUCGAUGUUAAUAAGAAUAAUUUACCCUUUGAAUAUGACCAAGUGGACUUGAUAUGUCCUGUCUAUACACAAGGAUCCACGGAAAAGAACAUGGAGAAAUAUAUCAUAUAUAACGUGUCGAAAGAUGAAUAUGAGACAUGUAGGAUAGUAAAUCCUAAUCCAAGUAUUAUAGCUGUAUGUGAUAAACCAUACAAACUUAUGUAUUUCACAAUAACUUUUCGACCUUUUACUCCACAACCUGGAGGGCUCGAGUUUCAUCCAGGCCAUGACUAUUAUUUUAUAUCUACUUCAUCUAAUGAUGAUCUGCAUAGAAGAAUAGGAGGAAAGUGCGACUCUCACAACAUGAAAAUCGUGUUCAAAGUGUGGGACUCAAAAGCUGCUACUACAUCAACUAAUAAUCCAUUGGAACAUUCACCCACAUGGUGGACAUAUCCUUCAUGGAGAACUACAACGCGUCCAACCACCACACAACCGCCUACUACCACAAAAAAAUACAAACCAUAUAAAAACAAGGCAAAUGAGGUAGUUAAAAGUGAGGAACUCACAUUAGGAGCCAACUCCUCAAGUGUUAGUGUGAAGUUAUUAAUAUUAUGCAUACUAUUCACAUCAAUUGUUGCAAUGCGAUGAAGUUCAGGUUAAACAUGACUAUCACCCUUAAAUGUGGAUCAUUUAAGCAUCUUGAUGUUCUUGAAGAACUUCAAAUCGACCUACAAAACUUUUUGUUUUAUACACAAUUCAUAAGGUCUUCUGAAUUUUACUGGUAGUUUUUUUGAUGAACUUUUACUUUUUAUUACUAUUUAUUCAUAUUUAUUUUUGAAAUGUUCAUAUCACUCAUGUAAGAAGUAAAGUUUUGUGAGAUCAAAAUCUUGACUUUUUUUGUUUUAUUAAAAUUUUAGAUCUUGUAAGUUGAGGAAUGUAUGAAGAAAUUGAUAUGAAGAACUAGCAUUUCCAACAAUAAGUGAAUGUAAUUUCGCUUAUUUGCAUAGAUAAAUUCAGUAUGAUUAUUUAAUUUUUGUGGAUAUUAUCCUUGAAUAUUAUAAUACUAGUACACCUCAUAGUAUCCAGUUCAAUAACCAACAGAACCAGAAUAUAAGGCCUAAAAACAAUCAUAUAUAAUGUUUGGCCUAAGUGGAAGCUAAUCUUGCACUAUUUGUAUCAAAAAUUAUUUUUAUCCAGUUGCAAAAUAUAAAAUAUAAUUUCGCAGCGAAUGAAGUUGCCUUCUUUUGCAGAUAUACUUUUCUUAUUCUUGAUUCAAAAAUUGUUGUCAAAUUUCUUCAUUAAUGUAUGAAAUUCUUGAACUUGUCAGGUGUUCAUAUUUUGAAUAGUUAAUUGAAAUGUUUAGAGCUUAUUCACUUUUUUCUUGGUCUAUGCAUGGUAUGGAAUUAUAUACUUGAAAAAUCUUAUUUCAAAACAGUUUUUGUGAUACUUCCAUAAACUCAGUGUUAAAGAAUAUUUUUUUCCUGUUUGAUAAGAAUUGAAUGAUUUAUUAUAUUUUUUCUACACAGUACUAAUUUUAACUUCUUGUGAAAAGUAGCCAAUUGUUGAAUCAAACUGACAAGUUUCAAAAUAUCCAAGAAAUUUGAUUUGACUUGUACAAAAUAUUUGUUUUCACUCUACAGUUUUGCAAAUUAGCUUUGUUAAGAAGAAAUAACUGUUUUGAGAAGGAUAUAUGGACAACUGAUAUUUAAGUUAGAACAUAAAAGUAGGUAACCAUCUCUCAAAAUUAAUUAAAUUUUUUAUUAUUCCAGUUCUAGUUAUACCAAUACAAUAAAAAAUCUGUACAUUUUUAUCUCUCAUGAAAGCAUUUUCUUUUAUGGAAUAGUUCACCCUAAUUUGAAAAAAAUAUGAUAUGGAGUGAUGAUCAUGCAAUGGACCAAAAAUAAAUUUUGAUUAGAAUUUUUUGUUGAGAAAUUACUAUAUUUUGAAUAUUUUUUUUUGCUUCAGUUGUGAAUUGAAGAAUUUUGGAAAAAUUAACAACUCUGUUCACUAGUAAUCUGGAAAAUAUUAAUAUUCAAAUUUGAUUAAUAUUCAAUCGAUUAAAAAAAAAUUUCUUCUCAAUUUUCAUUUCAUCCAAGAUUAGUCAAUCCAAUUUUGGUUCAUUUUUUCUGUUUCUAUGUGUCAUUUAAAUUUGUUCAUUUUAAAUGAAUUUUUCUCUUUUCAUAUUGUGAAGGGAUGUAUUAGAUAUUCAUCCAAAUUUGACCCUUUAUGAACUAGUGUAAUGAAUUGUGCCUAAAUGACUGUAAAUUUUGUUAAUGUCAUCGAAAAGACCUAUGCCUUCGCAGUAAAGUUCAUAAGACACGAAUAAAAUGGACAAUAUAAUAUAUAUUUUUAUUUAUGCUUCGAAAAUGAAUUGGUGUUUGUACAGUUUUUAUAUGUUAUCAAGAUAAUAAGCGUAACUGCACUUUAGUGACCAAUUUGAAGAAAAUGGACAUAAAAUAUUGUGUAAAUGUUAUAUUUUUCGGUCAGUUGGUUGAUUCGUAGAUUAUAAACAGUGUUGAACAUUCGAUUCCGGGAUACUUGUAUAAUUGUCAAGACUGAAAUCUAGUUUUAUUGUGUUUUUACGGAAGUAUUAACUUUGAAUAGUGGCUCUAGUAUUUCCGGUUUCGGGUAUAAUUUAUUAGUCGAAAAAUAUAUUUGUACUUAAUUUAUAUAUCCCAAUACAUAUGUGAUUUAUAGUAAACUGACAUUCUCCAUGACAAUUUUUAUUAGUAAUUUAUCUUAGUAUUAUUUUACUUUUGUAUAUAAAGUUUCUAUUCAGAAGAAUAUUUAUUGAGAAAGGUGUACAAUUUCAUUUUCCCAACUCUAUAAUUUCGAUUAUAGUUUGAGUUGCUUUGAUUUUAGUGAAUUGUGAUUCAAAAUAUAUUCUCAAAUUCUUAGCGCCUCAAACUAUUAAUUUAUUCAUUAUGUGAUAAAAUGAAAUAUUGAAAUAGUGAUUCACAUCAUAAUUUCAAGACUGUACAUUUAAAUUACAUUCCAAUAUUUAGAAAAUGUGGACUGAUUUCUUGUUCUGCCAUUUUAUUUUUAAUAUUCAACUCACAAAAUAUUCAUAUAUCAAGUGUUCUGAAAAAAAAUAUCUGAAACUGUAAGUACUAGAUCUGUUGUGUGUAGAGAAGUAGUAAACAGUAUAAUAUAUUUGAUGUAAUUUUUUUUAAUUAUGUCAACAUUGCAGGAGCCAUAGACAUAAUAAAUAUUCAAAUGUCUCAUAAUAAGUGUUGAACCUUAAAUUCAGUUCAUUAAUUUUUUUUAAAUCCAUCACUUGCUUCAUCGAGUCCUUUUUUAAUUCUCCACUUGAAUGUGAAUUUUUAAAUUGAUUAAGUACAACAGUCCCACGUUUGUUAUCAAAAACCAUAGGUGAAAUACACUUGUAUGUAUUAUGAUUGUAAAAUGCACCUUCAUAUAAAUAUAAGUAUAUACAUAAUUAUAUAAAAUAUACAUAAUGCCAUUUUA